AUGGCAGAAGGAGGAGAAGGAUCAUCCCAAGGUUUGGAAGUUGAGGCUACUCUAGAUAUGGCUCAGAUGUUUCAAGCUAUGGCUAGGCAAUUCGUCACAGCCAUAACUGAUCUUAGAAGAGAAGCACCCCGUGAGGAUGAGCGCGGCUGCCCAUUCAAACGCUUCGAGGGACUCCCCAUUCCUCCGUUCAAUGGGAAACGAGAUCCUAUGGAGUGCGAAAAUUGGCUAACCGAUGUGGAAGAAAUUUUGCGACUUGCAGGUUGUACAGAAGAACAGAAAGUACAAUACAUUGAUUUUCGACUGUCAGGUGAAGCCAGGCACUGGUGGACCACCAAGAAGGUAUUACUGAUUCAAGAACUAAGCAGGGAGGAAGCAAUCUCUUGGCUGCGAUUUCAGAAAGAAUUUCUCCAACAAUAUUUUCCCAAGAUUCUCAGGGACGUGAAGGCUCGAGAAUUCAUGGACCUCACCCAGGGAAAUAUGACAGUCGCCCAGUAUGCUGGCCGCUUCAAUGAAUUGGCUCGCUUUGCUUCCUACCUGGUGGCGGAUGAACAAAAUCGAGUAAGGAAGUUUGAACAGGGCCUCAACCCACGAAUCCAUGAACGUGUUGUAUGCUUUGCAAUUCAAGAUUUUGUGGAAUUAGUCAACAAGGCCUCUUUAGCUGAGGAGAGCGUGAGGAGGAGUGCUUUGGCAAUGGCGGAAACACGAAAGAGGGCUGCACCCCGACCAAAUCAAAACCAAGCUGGACGGAAAUGA